CAGUAGUUCAAUAAAUAUCUUGUCACGAUAUCAUCUAAUUUCCACGAGAGAUAUGCGAUCAAGUGACUCGAUUUUCACCUGUCAAUAAGGACACUAUCAGAAAAGUAGGUGGAGUUUGACAUUGUACCUGAUGAAUCAAGGUGCCAAUGUCAUGCAAGGUGUACCAACAGAUGACGAGCUGGAAGAUUUGAGCCGAAAUAUCGGCGCUAAAUGGGAAAGUCUAGGGCGUAGACUGAACUUUUCAGAUGAAGAGCUUCAGGAGAUUGACUCAGGUAGAAGGCUCCUUCCUCAGAAAGCAUAUCAGAUGCUGAAGAAGUGGAAAGAAAGGAAUGGGUCUGGUGCAACUUACCAGACUUUGUGUGCUGCUCUAAGCCACAGAUUUGUUUCACGUACAGACUUGGCUGAGAAGUAUGAUAAUUUUACAGGUGAGAAGGAAGACAGACCGUCUUUAACAGAGACAGUUGGUAAAAUGUCGUCUUUUGCAGUAGUCAAACGAGGUGUACCAACCAGUGAAGAGUUAAAAGGAUUGGCUCAACGUAUUGGUGACUUUUGGAAAGUAUUAGGGCGUCAGUUGGGGUUUAACGAGAGGAAGUUGCUGGUGAUUGAUGGAACAAGCGAGUCUGGGAUUGAUAAAGGAUACCUUAUGUUGAUGCAUUGGAAACACAGGAGAGGUGGUCAUGCGAAUUACAAGACUUUGUUUGAUGCUCUGACCCACGCAGUGGUACAGCGUAAUGACCUGGCUGACAGUUAUUGCAUUGAGCCAUAACUCAGACUGACUUCAUCAGAAACAGCUGGUAAAAGGUCGUCAGUGGGUAUAGGCAAACUUAAGCGAGGUUCCCAAGAUAAGCUGGAUCCUUUUUCCUUUCCUCAAAAGCGGCUAAGAGUUCCCAAGGAUGAGAAAACAGAGCUACUAACUGAAAAGUACUCAGAGUUCAAGGAUAAUCCUUGGCUGAAGAAAGAGAAAACAGAGCUACUAACUGAAAAGGACUUCGAGUUCAUUGAUGAUCCUUGGCUGGAGAACGAGAAAACAGAGCUACUAACUGAAAAGUACUUCGAGUUCAUGGAUGAUCCUUGGCUGAGUGAUAAAGCAAUUCAACGAUCUAUCAUCUGCAGGGGUGUGGUAACAGAAUAUGGUUGUAAAUGGAACUUAAGGGAAGCAGCUGCCUAUGUGACAUUUCACGAGGGAGCUGUGCCAAAACCUUUGUUCUUUACUGGUUCAGUAUGGCCUCCUACAUCUUGCUGUCCACCAAUUGGUAGUGAUGAGCUUUUGGUUAGCAAUGUGGUUGAAUUGUCACAUGAUGGUCCACCAGACAUUGAGUUUAGUGGAGGAAGCAUAACUGUGUCUUUGAUGCACAGUGCGAGUGAUUUGAAGGGCUAUGAAGUAGUCAUCAAGCAAUUGAUGGAUCCAAAUGGCGAUGAAUGGAAGGAUUUGGAGACGAGGUACUUAAUGGAUAUGCCAGAAGCAGGAAAGCCAGAGAUUUCCGACUGGCCUCAGUUUGUUGAGGCCAGUUGUCUAUUCGCUCAAUGUUCCACGUUUGCUGCCAUUUGGCGCCUGAAGACCUUUAGUUUCUCAAGACAUACUUCAGUGGCUCAUCAACUCACAUGUGUAGUACCAGACUUUCCCGACGUACGUGUAGAAGUUCCUCUUACUUCUUUACCAGUUGAUCAGGACUUCACUUUUACACUUAAGGUGCAAGAAUUUCCGAGCAGUGAGGUCGAAGAAGGAAUAUUGGUUGGUCCUGUUCUUCACAUUUCAAGCUCUCACAGCAUUGAACAUUUUGAGCCUGUAACAAUCAAGAUUCCUCUCACCUUACGUGAAAGUAAGCACGAUUUUUCGAAAUUUUCAAAUGAGGUCGUAAGGUUAUUAUACCUUGAUCCGGAAGAAAAACCCAAGAGCUGGACUGAUAUCACAGAUGAACUUGAAGGACAAGUUUUUCUUAAAGAUGGGAUAGUAGAAUUUAAAGUCAAGCAUUUCAGUCGAUUCUGGCUAGUCUGUAAGUUAAAGAAUUUGGUGUCUCAAUUGGAGGAUUUUACUCGGCGAUCUUUCCCCACACCAAUGCCACAACGUGUUCAUUUUCUCGCUUGUUUACGUGAGACUUUAUGUCAUGCCAAAUAUGAGCUUUUACUGUACUGCUUUCUAAACAUCAGAAGAGCCGAUGUUGUUCAAGAAAUUUCACGUUAUGAAACACCUUUUAUUGGCGAGGGAAAGUCAAAGGAGCCUUUGUGUAAGGGAGAUAAAAUUGUGGUUUCCCUGUCAGCCCUUACAUUUGAGCAUGAAUCACAGAAGAAUAAAGAGAUUGUUCUCGAGUUUCUUCUCCAAUGGGCGUCGCCAUGGUUGAGGAAAGACCUCAUUUUUCUGUUGGCUCAGUCACUUAGCCCUGGACCAGAACGUAUAAAACUCUUCAGUAUAUCUCAAUGCCGUUCAUACAAUAAUAGUAUGCAUGCAAAACGUUCAGCAUGAUCAUUGGCUGAGAACGCGUCAGUUAAUCCCAAACAGUGAAAUUGAGUGCAAAAUUGAAUUGAUUGACCAGCAAGUCGCGAAAGCACAACAAAGCAAAAUGGCGGAAAGGUGAGGAAAGUUACAAUGUUUUUAAAACAGAGUUUGAGGGAGACUGCUUUGUUGGCUGAAAGUCUGGCGGUCUUGAGCUUCCAAAAGUGGCUAUGAAAGUAUAAACCGGGGGCCUGAAUAAAAUUCUCGAGGAGUUUUUACGCAGUAGUUCGUACGAAAGACUGUAAUGUAAUGGUAACUGUUGUCUACCGAUACCUAACAGGGACAGAAUACAAACGCUCCAUUACUGUGAUAGAGAGUUUAAGAGCGACUUUUUUUCAUAAUUGCGUGAGAGGUGGCUAAUCGACCGAAAAAUGACUAUCCUCUUAUAUCAGUCAGAUAUGCCUUAUAGUGAUCAUAGAAACUUGGUAGGGUUUUUUUUUCCCAGACUUGCUUUUUUAUCCUAGAAAAUGCACGAAACUGAAACGAGCGUAGGUAGCCGUAAAAUGGCGGAAAUCAGUGCCCCGAGCAGAGGCAAAUGAAAUUUGCUGAUGAAAAGCACAAAAGAAAGCAAGCUCUUAUCAACUUGAUAAAUUUGUAUUGGGGGGAUCGCAUGGUUCAAGUCUAAAACGAGACCAUUUCAUUUUAUUUCGAGCUCCUGAAACGCCUUUGAAAAUCAGCAAUAUUUCAAAAUCCAAAUAUCGCAUUUUGUACCUGUAAUUUCUGAGGCUUGCUUCACCGCAAUGACCGGAAAUCGCUGUGAUGGACCUCAGCAGGAUCACAGUUGCUCUGGCUUUUAACAUUUAUGCCAUUUGGAACAUAUUUUUCAACUUUCAUCUGUCAUUCAUGUUCUCUUCUGUUUUGUUUUUGAACACGAAACUAUAUAUACUGUACGAGUGUUAGCUGUGUUUGAGUUUUAUAACCAUAUGUAAGUUUAGAAACCGAGCGUGAAACCUUUAGAACUCGGACUGUCUAUUUCGUUUUCUCUUUGAGGAUUUUCGUCUCUGCACACGUGACUGUAACGCCAUUUGCGGCGCUUGGCAUGUUCACAAACCUUUGUCUGGUUCUUCUGUGGCCAGUCCGUGACAUAGACAGUUUUGUCGUUACUGUUUCCUCCGAUAUGAUUGGUGUAAGCAAAACCAAAACAAACUGAUGCGGCAGAGAGAGAAUUGGACGAUACUUUUUCUAGCUAGUUUUUUUCGUGCCGGUCAUGUUGUAAUGCGAAGGUGUAUCGAUAGGAUUUUGAGUUAUAAAGUUUUUAUGCUAGCGCUAAAAAUUAUAUGAAAUCUAAGAUAGAAACUAUGAGGCAUUGCUGAGCUCAGGAAAGCAUACAUGCUACUAGUUUCCAUUAAGCCAGCCGUAAACAGUUGUUAUUAGAUCAUAACUGUAAUUAGUGCUAAACUGUAACCGUCACCUGUCAUGACCUUUUGUGUAGUUGUUAUCCACCAGAGCUUUUUGAAAGUGAUUAAUCUUGUAAAAAGCGAAAUGCCUUCCUAGCCAAUCGUUGUAGAAGAUAACGUUAUCCUUUAGAUAAGUCAUGGCAUUUCCUCAUCCUCUUAAGUUAGGCUUAAAUAGAACUUUUCGGUAAAGCUUUCUUUGGUCAAACUCAGUCUGUUGAAGCCAGCUCAGGCCAGAUUAGGGCCACGUCAGUUCAGUAGUGCUUGGAGAAUAAAUCUACGUUGGAGCCAACCUUGUUGUUGUUGUUAGUCAUGGUCUCAAGCCGGGAUAAUCGACAACCGUAAAAGAUCCCGGCCUUCCCGCAGCCAGCGAGUGCCCCCAAGAAAGCCUUUUCCCAGAGGAAGUUUAUAGAGUUGUUCCCGACCGCCCGUUUAUUUGUGAAGGCAAAACCCAGUUUUCACAAAGGUGACGGCAGAACAGAAUUCAAAGUUUCAAAGAGACAUCGCUGACUUUUUUAUUUCUGUAUUGCUGUAUUUCAAAUUUAAUUUUCGACAGACAUGUUAUCUCUAUUCACACACCUCGCUAUGUCAGUGUUGCACGUACACGUAUUUUGCUCGUGGUGUUUAGCUAUAAAAUUCUAUCAUUUUCCGUUGAGAUGUCUAAAAGACACCAAGAAAGUAGCGAACUAUGAAAUAACAUAUUAACUUCAGUCUCAUAUGCAUUUCCGCGUGAAUGUUAAAAGAAAUGUCUCAAACUGGAAGAAAUUCUGCAAGAAUUUCAGAGCUCACGCUUCGACCAGCUUUAGCCGCCAGUUGUUUGUUUGCUUGAUUUGAAAGGCGCCCUCCAGCUUUUUUUUUAAACCACAAGGAGUCUCGUUCACGAUGAGUUGUCCACAAAAGAUCUUUUGAGGUCGAAAUAUUUUUUUUGUUGAUCUGAGUUUUCCUGAACUCGAUCAAACAUUAUUUUGCUUGUUAAAAGGGCCCAUUUGGGAUGAAUUUGGGAGUCCUAGUCGAUAUUAUUUUAAAUUGAACCGAAAGCUUAUUUUUAGAUAAGCUUUUGUCAGACUGCCUUGCUUUGUCGCAAAGCCAAGGAGAUAUUAUCGUCCAAGAGCUGGGGCGGAAAAGGAAUUAAAGUACCUUCGAUGGCUGGCAUAACCCAUGACACCAAAACGACAAAAUCAGGAUCGGAUCAUGAACCGUAUCACGGAUCGGAUCGCGGACCGGAUCACGGAUCGGAUCACGGAUCAGAGAAAAAGGAUCAGGAUGUUUUGCCGCAUGAACUCUUACGGGAGUCAUCUAUUACGAGGAGUCAUCGCCGCAAAAUUCCUGUUUAAAUUUCUGUUGUGUAGGACCUGUGAAGGUUACAAAUUCUUCGCCUAGAUGGAGGGGUGUAAGCUUUUAGCUGAGUGACCCACUUACCAGCUAUUCAAACCCACCACUGGCUUUAAAUUUUGGGCAAACACUAUCAGUCUGGCUUUAACACCAAGAGCAGUUCCUUUAGACGGUAGAGAAACACUUUCCAGCGUCAGAGCCCAGCAUUCUGCAACGCUUUUUUUACGCGCGCGAUGUCACAGAGGAAGCUUGUGUGGACGCAAGACAAAAAAAGGUAUGAGUCAAUGUCUCUUUGACCUGAAAGGUACGAGGUUUUUUGUCUUUAGAGGUCUUGCAGAGGCAGAAGAGGAACAGGCAGCUGAAGAAGAAGUGUAAUUUGCCUGCUGUUAUUGCACUGUGGACGACGAUGGACGGGCCUGUCUUGCGCUGAAACAGAGAGACGCAGCUCGCAGGGAGAUCGUCGCUUUCUCAUCGAACGGCAGCAGUUUUUUUGACGCGGGAAAGAUUGCAUUGAUAUUCAUAAAUGAUAAUGUUCAACUGAGUCUUUCAUAGGUUCUGCUCACUGUUCAACUGGGUCUUUCAUAGGUUCUGCUCAGUUCUUUGAUAUGAGUACAUUGAAUUUAAAUUGACAAUUUGCA